CCCUCCCGCGCCCCCUUGAGCCAUGAACUUUGUCCGAGGGGCCCCGUCGGUGGUGGUCUUGAACGUGGGGGGCACCCGCUACUCCUUCGCGCGGGAGGUGCUGAAGGACUUUCCCCUGCGCCGGGUGAGCCGCUUGCACGGCUGCCUCUCGGAGCAGGACGUCCUGGAAGUGUGCGACGACUACGACCGCGAGCGGAACGAGUACUUCUUCGACCGGCACGCCGAAGCCUUCGGCUUCAUCAUGCUCUACGUGCGCUACGGCCACCUGCGCUUCGUGCCCCACAUGUGCGAGCUCUCCUUCUACAACGAGAUGAUCUACUGGGGCUUGGAGUGCUCCCACCUCGAGUACUGCUGCCAGCGGCGCCUCGACGACCGCAUGUCCGACACUUACACCUUCUACUCGGCGGAAGACCUCCAGGCGGAGAUGGCCGGCGGCUGGAACAGCGCCAGCAGCAGCGGCAGCAGCAGCAGCAGCGGCAAAAGUAGUUGCCCGCCGGCCCAUCAUCCCCACCACGGCCACCGAGAUCCCGGCCUGGGUGCCGGUGGUCCCGCGGCGCCCCCGCCUGGCGCCGCCGAGAAGAAGUGGCUGGAGAGGAUGAGGAGGACUUUUGAGGAGCCCACCUCGUCCUUAGCGGCCCAGAUCCUGGCCAUGGUUUCCAUCCUCUUCGUCAUCGUCUCCAUGGUGGUGCUCUGCGCCAGCACCAUGCCCGAGUGGCGGGCGGCGGAGAACCGAAGCAUGGAGGAGAACAGCAGGUACACAGCAGAGUCAAUCAGGGAGCCUUCAGGGAUUAUUGAAGCAAUCUGUAUAGGCUGGUUUACUGCAGAGUGCAUUGUGAGAUUCAUCGUCUCCAAAAACAAGUGUGAGUUUGUCAAGAGGCCUUUGAACAUUAUUGACUUGCUGGCAAUAACUCCCUAUUAUAUUUCUGUCCUGAUGACAGUUUUUACAGGGGAGAACUCUCAGCUCCAGAGAGCUGGAGUCACUUUGAGAGUCCUGAGAAUGAUGAGGAUUUUUUGGGUGAUUAAACUUGCCCGCCACUUCAUUGGCCUCCAAACACUUGGCCUGACUUUAAAGCGAUGCUAUCGGGAAAUGGUGAUGCUGCUUGUCUUUGUUUGUGUGGCUAUGGCAAUCUUCAGUGCACUUGCCCAACUCCUUGAACAUGGAUUGAAAAUUGGGAAACCGAAUGAAGGCUAUGCCAGCAUCCCAGCUGCUUGCUGGUGGGUUAUCAUCUCGAUGACUACUGUCGGUUAUGGCGAUGUGUGUCCCAUCACUAUACCCGGGAGGAUUCUUGGAGGGAUUUGCGUGGUCAGUGGGAUUGUUUUGCUGGCCUUGCCAAUUACUUUCAUCUAUCACAGCUUUGUACAAUGUUAUCAUGAGCUGAAGUUUCGGUCUGCUAGGUACAGCAGGAGCAUCUCUGCCGAAUUUUUAAAUUAACGAGUAGCACAAAUGCAUUUCAUAAUAGCACUAAAUAUAUCAACAGAAUUGACUGGACCCUCCUCGUCCCUUCGUUUCUUGAAUGAGAGCAGAGUGAAACGUUUGACCCCUAUAGUGGCUGAGAGAGGCCGUGACGAGAAUGAAGUCUUCAUUUGUUACUUACAUCAAGCACCAGAAUCUUCAGCCCUUUGGACUUCUGCAUUGAUACACACUGUUGUGGGUGAAGCACAUGCAUUUCAAAAAACAAAUUCAAUUAUAUUUUAAAAUACCAAAUCUUUAUUUCAAGUGCUGUUUUCAGGAGCACUGUUGGAUUGGAUCCAGGCUUAGUGUGCUUAAAGUAAGCCCACUGAAAUCAUUGGAACAAGUUAGUCAUUACUAAAUUAAUCUGUGUUACCUAAGCCUGAAUCUAACCAAUUGUACAUUAUUUGGUCCCAAUCCAAAAGUUACAAGUCACUAUCUUUGUGUUCUCAAGUGUGGAUGAAUGUGAUUUAUUUAUUUUUAAAUAACAGCCUCUUGUGCCGUAUGGCAAGCAACUCAUGAAACCUUGGGUGAAGUUGCAAAAAAGUAAAUGUGAUAAGUCAUGGAGAGGGGAAGACUGCUCCUCUGGAGUAAGAAAAGCCAGUAUUCCUGCUUAUAAUGAAAAUCCUCUGGGCAUGCCAAUAAAGCUCUCUGGAUUGCA